AUGGUCCGCGCUCUCCUUCUCUCUCUGCUGGUGGUUGGGGCGUGGGGGCAGGAGUACGGGGUGGCUGGGGGGUAUCAGCCGUUUCCGGGGCCGAGGAAGGAGUGUCCGGAGAAGGUGGCGAGGUGCAUACUCGAUGUGAAGGUGGAGUGCCAGCCCGGUCGGAUGAUACUCAAGUUCUGGUUCUCGCACCACUUCACUGGCGUGAUCUACCCCUACCACCUGUUCGACUGCCCGCUGUACAGCGGCGGCGGUCGCUACGCGGAGGUCUCCAUCGGAGAGGAGGUGUGCGGGGUGAAGGGCGCUCAGGCGGGCGCAAGGGGCGCGAGGGACAGGUUCCAGCACUGGAUCACGGUGCAGUGGGACAAGCGGCUGGUGGAGCAGUGGGACGCGAACAUCGUCGCCACGUGUCUCCCGCCCGAAGACCAUAUGGAGAGGAAGGACGUUGGGAACUUCUAUGCGGUCGAUCGGCCGCCGUAUUCUGCGACUGGUUACCAGCCGUACGUGAAGGGCGUGGUGCACAAGGACUACUCGGCCGGGGUGCCCGGCCCCUCCGCCGUCGGGUACAGCCCCGUCACGCUGUCCUUCUACAUCGACGAGUACCUGCAGAAGGCCUUCCAGCCGAAUCUCCUCACCUGCUACAUUCAGGACGAUUACGGAAAGAGAUACGACCUGAACGCGGUGCACCGAGGAUGCGCCCCGCUGCAGAGCGGCCCGAUGUCCCAGUUCGCGCUGUACCAGCUGACGAAGGUAGGGAAGCAGGGGAACCUGCAUCUGCACUGCAACCUGGAGCUGUGCAGGGACGGGCGGUGCUCCACGCCGCUGCCGCCAGGAUGCGACAAGGCGGGGGCCGGCUAUGACGCAGUACCCACUCGCUACGGAGGCGACGGCACGAAGAAUUUGAACGUCACGGAUCGACGCAGGAGAGACGCGCUGAAAGGUCCGACGCUCCUGAUCGACGGCGGGGACCUGAAAGUGUGGGGUCUCUGCGAGAACGACACGAUGUCGGCGACGCUGGUGUCGCCGCCGGAUUUCGACGGAGCGUUCGCGUUCGGCGUCCCCCUCGACGUGCCGACGUCUCAAGAAUGCCGGAAGAGCGUCUCGGUGGCUAGCGAGAGGACCGCGUUGAGGCUCCAGAGGGAAACGCUCAAGCGGGCCUGCCCCGAGAUCAAGGAGUUCGUGGCGGAGGUGGACGUGAAAGGGAAGGAGAAGCUGAUGGGUGUGCUGGACUGCAGUCAAGUGCUCCAGCACACCGAGGAGGAGGCAGUCGUCCCUUGGGAGAUCCAAGCCACGACGCCCUCGGCAGCGGAGGUCGAGAAGCCGGUCACUACGACCGCGAGGAGUCCGACGAGCGCUCGCGCCCCGGCUGCCACAACGACCAAAAGUAAAGCCACAACCGCGACCAGGAAGGCAGCUGUGGUGCGUGGGACGUCGGAGGUCGUUACGGGGCAGCCUGCAACGUCGUCGAGUCCCGCUUUUGCUCGAGCGUGGUCGAGCAGCCGACUCGACGAGGCACGCGCGUUUGUGAGGGUUCCCUUCUGGUCGAAUCCCCGACCGAGUCGAUUGCAGAGUCCGCUGCCGCGGAGCACGCCUCUUGAAAGUGUUCACAAGCCAUCGGAUGUCUCUGGAAUGUUUCGACCUUCCCCUAUCCCGCAGAGUGUCGCCUCUGGUUAUACGCUGUCGCUGCUUUUACAAGAUCGAUUUUGUUCGCACCUCAUCGGCCGCCUCGCCCCUGCAUCACGAGACAGCGGGGGCUGCCUCCUGUGGAAUCGGGACGAUGAAGGAGGCAAGAAGUAG